GGGGCGGGUGCGUAUCCACGCGCUUGACAGUCAGUGCCCGUUUCUAGGUCAAGGUAAUAGCUGCGUUUACGCAUUUGCGAAAACAAAACAACAACAAUUGAGUGGUUUUUCUUCUUAUUUUAAAGUCAAAUGACCUAAAAAUGUAUAACCGGCAACAGCACAGUAGGGCGAGAAGAAUUUUGAAGUUAAUAGAUGAUGACACAGAAGCAGAGCAAACAUCUGGGAAUUAUGAAGUCAGUCGUGGUGAUGUUAUGUACUCCGGGCCAUCAACUAGUCGAAGUAGCAGACGGCAAUCAACAGUAAAUUACAGAAUUAGUGUGUCUUCGAAUGAAGAGCCAUUUUCACCACCGGUAUCUGAAUAUUUACCGAGUUCCAGUCCUAGUCCGACCAUAGACUUAGGCAAUACUUUACCAUCUUCAAUAUUGAAUGACAUUGAUUUUAGUUUGAAAGAUUGCUUAGGUAAUGAUACACUUUUCUCUACUCCAACUUCCACCACUCGUAAUGAUUUAAUUUUUAUAGCAUCACCUACUGUCGUUUUUAUAUCUAAUCCUCAAAAAACAAUUUCUAUGGGUAACAAAGACAGUUAUGAAAAUUUAGCGCUAUCAGCAGGAAAUUACAUAGAAGGAAUUAAUCCUUUGCCGAAUGAUGCCGAUCUUGAACCCGUAUCUACGUGGUAUAAUGAAACACUUCCUAAAAAGAGCAUAACUGCCGCAGAACCUGAAACAGAACCUACAUUUACUAGCCCUACAAGAACUCUGCUGACUCUUGAUUAUACCACGGCCAUGCUUCCUGAAGCAGAGCCUACAUCCAUAGAAUGUCCCGGCGGAAUUCCUUUAGUUGAACAUAAUACUGCCGCAGAACCUGGAACAGAACUUACAUCUACAAGCCCUGCAACUCCGUCGGUCCCUUCUAUUGCCAUAGCAAUAGUUCCUCACUCAGACCCCCCAAUUAUAGCCUGCCACGGUGAAACUCUACCAGCUGGGCACUUUUCCACCACAGAACCAGAAGCAAUGUCAUCUCGUCCAGUGUUAGCAACUGAAGCUAAUACAAAUCCCAGAAAAAGAAAGCGUAAUCCCGAAAAGUGGUCUAAAGCACAAAAAAAAAUUAAAAAAAAUACAGGUCAACAGCCUCAAAAACAGAUGCGAGAGCCUUGCAAGUAUAUUAAAGAAAGAACAGUUUACACUGCCAUUGAUAAAUAUGCUAAUGGCGACCAAAUAACAGACCUUCGAGGAAAACAUUCCAAUAAAUCUCAUAGAACAGCCAGCGAAACAGAACAGAGUGACAACGCCUUCGGCUACCCGCUUCUGCACAAGAAAAUGCGCAGCGACGAGAAUACCGGCCCGGCCGGCACUGCGAGCACCGAUGUCAGUGACCCCGACGUGAUCCAAUGUAGUAUUUACGAGUGUAAGGCCUAUAAUCCAACUGGUUACAACAUAUUAGAAACGUACACCUUAAAAGAGGACACUACAAGACGCCUGCAGGCAUUUGAGAUGUGGUACUACGGUCGCAUGUUGCGCAUUGGGUGGAUACAGAGGGUCACGAACGAAACUGUGCUUCAGCGUGUUCAUACGUCCCGGAAACGGGGAAAGAGACGCGCUGGGCGAAGAAAGACAUCGUGGCUGCGGAACAUCUGGGAGUGGAUCGGCAUUGCCUCCGUCGAACAGCUGUAUCGGUUGGCUGCUUAUAGAGACGGAUACAAGAAGCUGACGGCCAACCUUCAGCAUUGA